AUGCCAAAGAAGAAUCGCAAAAAACGCUCGAAUGGCUCAAAGAGCAAAACAACGAUAACGGGAAAUCCUGAAGCUUUGCCUCCCAAUGAACCAAACGAACAACCCACUGCACAUUUACCUUCGUUUCCUCCCGGAAUAACAUCCGCGCUGAUCAGUUUUCUGGCAACCUCACCAGACUCUGAGAAAUAUGGCCCACAAUUCAUGAGAUUGUUGGAAAUAUUCAAGUCCAAAUAUUUCUUGCCACUUCGGUACGAACUUCAGUUACAAGCUCAGGCGGUUGGGUUAGCUCGAUCGUACCCUGUUGCAGAGUUUACUGUCGAAAAAUGGAUUACCGAAUGGGGAAAACGCUGUGAAUUUGUGAUCGAUUACCUGGAACGAGUUCUUCCACCGGAGCUGGAGCAAAGAAAUGUCAAUAGACAAAAAGUCCAAGAAGCAAUACAACGGCGAGGAAACACUAUAAAAGGCUUAAGUUUGGAAUUUCAUCGUAUGUCUGAUUGGCGAAAAGUUGCAUUUGUUGAUCCGUUGAGAAUGAUCUACACGCUUUCACUUGAACUACUCAAGAACCCAGUGAUCAACUCAGUCUGGUUUGAUGGUUCUUGGGCAUACACAUCACCCGAUCCAAAUCCAAGCAAUGAAGAAAAAGAAAGGAUCCAAAAUUUAUGGCUGGGAUUUGAAACUCCGCUUGUUGUUUGCAUGAUUGUGGAUACA